AGUGUGAUUUGACGAUGAUAAAGCUUUAUUAUUGGCUAAUUAUUGUGCUGAAUUUAGCAGCAGCUCUCUGUUCUGCUGGUAAAUAUAGCAGGGAGGACUUCCCUCCUGGCUUCGUUUUUGGUGCUGCUACCUCUGCGUAUCAGGUUGAAGGAGCAGCAAAAGAGGAUGGGAGAACUCCUAGCGUUUGGGAUACCUUUUCUAAUGGAGGUGGAGAUGUGGCAGUUGAUCAGUACCACAAAUACAAGGAAGAUGUCAAACUUAUGGCAGAAACUGGAUUAGAGGGUUAUAGAUUUUCCAUCUCAUGGUCAAGACUCAUUCCAAAUGGAAGAGGACCUGUCAAUCCAAAGGGCUUACAGUAUUACAACAAUCUCAUCAAUGAACUUAUUAGCCAUGGCAUCCAAGCGCAUGUUACUUUGUUAAAUUAUGAUCAUCCACAGGCACUUGAAGAUGAAUACGGAGGAUGGAUUAGCAGAAAAAUGGUGAAAGACUUCACAAAUUAUGCAGAUGUGUGCUUCAGAGAAUUUGGAGACAGGGUUUCAACUUGGACUACCAUAAAUGAGCCAAAUAUCUUUGCAGUUGGAGGCUAUGACCAAGGAAUAACAGCACCCGGACGAUGUUCUUUUCCAUUUGGAUUCAACUGCUCAAAAGGCAACUCCUCCUAUGAGCCAUAUUUAGCAGGUCAUCAUAUGCUGUUGGCUCAUGCAUCAACUGUAAGAUUGUACCGGAAAAAAUAUCAGAGAAAGCAAGAUGGAACUAUAGGAGUGAACCUCUAUGCCUUUUGGCUUCUCCCUCUAACUAAUUCAACAGAGGAUGUUACUGCUACACAAAGAGCCAUAGACUUCUACUUUGGUUGGUUUCUAGAUCCAUUAGUGUUUGGAGACUAUCCGGAAAUAAUGAAGAAAAAUGUAGACUCAAGACUUCCAGUUUUGACCAAGCAAGAAUCCAAAUUGGUUAAGGGAGCAUUUGAUUUUGUAGGCCUUAUACAUUACACUACAGUUUAUGCCAAGGAUAAUCCCGAUAGUCUGAAAUUCGAAUACAGAGAUUUCGGUACAGAUAUGGCAGUAACUCAGCUUUUGGAUGCGGAUAAUCCAUAUUCAAUAUUUCCAGAGAAACUUCCAAUAAGGCCUUGGGGUCUGCAAGGAGUUUUGGAGUACAUUAAACAAACUUAUGGCAAUCCUGCUGUUUACAUUCAUGAAAAUGGUCAAGUGACUCCACAUAAUUUUUCAUUGGAAGACACACCAAGGGUGGAAUAUUUACAAGCAUACAUUGGAGGUGUACUGGAUGCAAUCAGGAAUGGAUCGGACACAAGGGGAUAUUUUGUAUGGUCAUUCUUAGAUGUAUUUGAGUUGUUAGGGAAUGGCUUCGGAUCAAGCUAUGGCCUGUAUUUUGUAGAUGUGGAGGAUCCGGAUUUGAGAAGAGAAGCCAAGCAAUCUGCACAUUGGUAUUCCAACUUUUUGAAAGGAAAUGUUCAAGUUGAUAGAGAAAAUAUUUCCAGUAUAGCACAAGGACACUCCUUCGUAGGUUAAUGUUGCUGUUACGGUUACUGUUAGUACAUUGCUCGAAAGCUCAAAGAAUAUACAGGCUAAUAAAAUUUGAGGUUAAAAUUCUCUCUACUUGUGAAUUUGUCAAAAGGAAAAUGUAGCAUUACAUUAGCGUUUUUGUAAAAAUCUCUGUUAUGUUUGAAAGUUCUAAUAAAUAUAUUACAAAUUAAUUUAUUUUCAUA